AUGGAGGCUAUUGACAAAGCGAACGAUUUGUUUGACACCGCUAUUCAGAAACUUGAGGGAGAAGAAAAUUUCGAUCCCGAUAAUCCGCCGACAGUGUGGGAUCAGCUCAACGAUUUUUAUGACGAUGGAAUAAAGCUCAAGGCAAAGCUGUCUACCCAGCCGUGCUGGGCAUCUGCCUUACCAUCACUUGGACUGGUCCUGCGUGAGGAAGGACCUCGGGCUCUUUACAAAGGCUUUGUACCGAAAGUACUUUGUCUGAGACCCGGCGGUGGUAUCCUCCUGGUGGUUUUCAAGACCGUCUCAGGUUACAUGCGAAAACACUUCAUGUAG